CAUUAUCAGCAAAGCAAAGCACCAUCAAAGCAACACCCACACUACACACCUUCUUUCCCUUGCCAUUGCUUCUCCUCCCAAGCAACACAAAUAAAUGCAUUUCUCCCAAUUGGAACCAAGAGUAGUGACAUUCUCAACAAUAAAGUAAAAUAAAAAAAAUAAAUAAAAAAAACAGAAAUAGUUGAAAUGAGAAUUUUCUCAAACAAGUUCUUCGCCUCAGCGCGCAACCUCGUAGGCAUUGGUCUCGCUUGCUCCACUUGCGCCGCCACCGCCGCCGCUUCUUCUUCCUCCGCCGCUACUUCCACCACCUCCUCCUCCUCCUCCGCCGGCGACUCAUAUUCUUCCGAUGACUCCGUCACGGAUGACCCAAAUGUCCUCAAAACGAAGCUCUGCAUCAUCGGAAGCGGCCCCGCAGCUCACACGGCCGCCAUUUACGCCGCCCGCGCCGCGCUGAAUCCGGUCCUCUUCGAAGGCUUCAUGGCUAACGGCGUCGCCCCCGGCGGCCAGCUCACCACCACGACCGACGUCGAGAAUUUCCCGGGGUUUCCCGACGGCAUCCUCGGCGCCGACCUAAUGGACCGCUGCCGCCAACAGUCGCAGCGCUUCGGCGCCACAAUCGUCACCGAAACGGUGUCCAAGGUGGACUUCUCCCGCCGCCCAUUCAGGGUCGUCACCGAUUCCACCACCGUGGAGGCAGAAUCCGUCAUCGUCGCCACCGGCGCCGUCGCGCGGCGGCUCGAAUUUGACGGCGCCGGUGGCGGACCCGGCGGAUUCUGGAACCGAGGGAUAUCGGCUUGCGCCGUUUGUGAUGGCGCAGCGCCGAUAUUCCGGGAUAAGCCGCUGGUGGUGAUCGGCGGCGGGGACUCUGCCAUGGAGGAAGCCAAUUUCCUCACAAAGUUUGGUUCCAAAGUGUUCAUAAUUCAUAGGAGAGAUAAGUUUAGGGCUUCUAAGAUAAUGCAGGAGAAGGUGAUGAAGAAUCCCAAGGUUGAGGUGUUGUGGAAUUCAGAGGUGGUUGGGGCGUAUGGUGAUGAUAAGGGUAGGGUUCUUGGGGGAGUGAAGGUGAAGAAUGUGGUGAGUGGGGUUGUGUCUGAUUUGAAGGUUUCUGGUUUGUUCUUUGCAAUUGGGCAUGAGCCUGCUACUAAGUUCUUGGAGGGUCAACUUGAACUUGACUCUGAUGGAUACAUUGUAACUAAGCCAGGGACUACAGUGACCAGUGUUGAGGGAGUUUUUGCUGCUGGUGAUGUUCAGGACAAGAAGUAUAGGCAAGCUGUUACAGCUGCUGGCACUGGGUGCAUGGCAGCCUUGGAUGUAGAACAUUACUUGCAAGGGAUUGGCUUACCGCGAGCGUAGGGGUGAAUGAAUUUGCUAGGUUAUGCCCAGAGUUCAAAAGAUUCUUUCAUUAGAGACAAUGUCUAAUUUACAUAAGAUAGUGAAAAGCUACUUCUGGACCCAUUCAUCAUUUGAUUGAAGAGCAAAAUAGGAUUGCAUGAUUUUCUCAUA